AUGGAGCAUGAUUGCUGCAAGUUUAUGCAGAAGUGCCAUAAAUGCCAAGUUCAUGGUUAUUUGAUUCGAAUGCCGCCUCACGAACUCAAUGCUAUGAGUUCACCUUGGCCGUUUGUAGCUUGGGGCAUAGAUGUCAUUGGUCCAAUAGAGCCAGACGCCUCUAACAGACAUAGAUUUAUUUUGGUUGCCAUUGACUACUUCACCAAGUGGGUGGAAGCAGCUUCAUAUAAGUCAGUGACCAAGAAGGUUGUAGCUGAUUUUGUUUGCAACAAUUUGAUAUGUAGGUUUGGAGUGCCAGAAUCUAUCAUUACUGAUAAUGGAGUGAACCUCAACAGUCACUUGAUGAGAGAGGUAUGUGAACAGUUCAAGAUUACUCACCGAAACUCAAUCGCCUAUCAUCCCCAAAUGAAUGGAGUUAUAGAAGCCGCCAACAAGAACAUAAAGAAGAUUUUGAGGAAAAUGAUUGAUAAUCGCAGAGUAUAUGGAACAGAAGCAGUUAUACCUGUAGAAGUUGAAAUACCUUCUUUGAGAAUCAUCCAAGGAGCUGAAUUGAGUGAUGUUGAAUGGGUUCACAAGCGGAUUAAUCAGUUAACAUUGAUUGAUGAGAAGAGAAUGGAUGAGUACAAAGGGAAAUUUGUACCAAAUUGGCAAGGACCCUACAUGGCUCGCAAAGUAUUAUCUGGAGGCGCCUUGUUCCUAUCGGAGAUAGAUGGCAUCGAAUGGCCGAAACCGAUCAAUUCAGAUGCUGUCAAGAGAUAUUAUGUGUGA